AUGAGGGCCAAGCGGGUGGCAUCUUCCGCGGCGGGGACGGCGGCGCUGGUCUAUGUCGUGCUAUCAGGGCGACUGUCCUCCGACGACGCGGAGAAGGUGCCGAGGCGGCGGUCGGGGCGGAAGGACGUCGAGGGGGAAAGAGAGGAAAGGUGGCCAGAGACGGCGCCGGCAAGCUGGCGGGAGGCGGCUGCCGUGGCGGCCAGGACGGUGGGGUUCGCGUACGGGGAAACGCUGGGGAAGUGGCCGCUCGGAGACAUCGCCUUCGGGAUCAGCCACUACAUGCGCCUUCAGGGGAAUCUGCAGCAUGAGUACACAGGUAGCAACUGUGUGCCCUUGGAAGGUCCUGGAGUAAGGCAGGAGCUCAUUGCACUUCUCAGAUGCCUGAGACUCUGCAUGUUCUUCUCAAAGAAGCCUUUUGAAGUCUUCCUAGAGUUUGGUGGGUAUGACCAGAGUGAUAUUCUCACAAGGAAUUGCAAGGCAAAGCUUAUGAAACCCAAAUUCACGGUUGUCCGUGAUGAAAGUACCCGAUGCUUUCUCCUUUUCAUCAGAGGGGCUAUUAGUGUUAAGGAUCGCCUGACAGCGGCAACUGCAGCAGAGGUUCCCUUUCAUCAUGCAGUGUCACAAGAAGGCCGUGGAACGAGUGUAGUGGUUGGGCAUGCACACUGUGGAAUGGUUGCAGCAGCUCGCUGGAUUGCGGAUCAGGCAAUUCCCUGCAUCAGCAGAGCAGUCGAGCUAUUUCCAGAUUACAGAAUUAAGAUCAUUGGGCAUUCAAUGGGUGCUGCUAUUGCAGCAAUUUUAACAUGCAUACUACGUGAGAACAAGAAGUUAUCAUCAUCUUCAUGUAUUGCUUUUGGACCAGCUGCUUGUAUGACCUGGGACUUGGCUGAGUCGAGCAAAGACUUUGUUACCACUGUUGUCAACAAAAACGACCUGGUGCCAUCUUUUGGCAAGGUCUCAGCUUCCAGUCUUCGCGCAGAGGUUAUGGCAUCAUCGUGGGCACCUCAUCUCCGGGAACAUAUUCAGCAGAAAAGAAUCCUGAGUUUUGUAAAUCACUCGGUGAAUUUCAUGCGAUCCUACGUUCCAUUUGUACACAAUCCAAGUUCUAAGGUUGCAGAUUUCGAGUCUUACAUUGCCGAGGUACACGAAACAUUCCAGUCUGAGUCAGAAGACAUGCGGUACAUAGUGAAGAAACACUCUGCAGUGUCCUGCUGGCCAUAUGUUGCUGCAGGGAAGCAAACUCUUGAAGCACCCGACACGGAGGCGGAGGAAGGAACAGCCGGAGAAGAGGCGGAGCAGCUCAUGGAAGCCCUGCAAUCGGCGCCAAACGCCUCUCAGGCGCCUUCCCAUCGCCAGUUAUACCCUCCAGGACGAAUCAUGCACAUGGUUGCAUUGCCAGCAUCAGAAGAGCAAGGUGGCCAGAAUGUAGGUGUUGCCCUCUACGAGACCCCUCGCAGCAUGUAUGGCAAGAUCCGGCUCGCGGGAUCUAUGGUAAGAGACCAUUACAUGCCGAGGUACGUCGAGACGAUGGAGAUGCUCAUCGACAGGCUUGCGGAGGAUGAUGAUGCGCCUCUCAGCGACACCAACGAGGACGUCCCAUUGGACUAA